GUACAGCUCGGGAACGCACAAGAGAACUGCGGAAGAAUUCGGUAAGAAACUUGGCGAAAUCGGCAGAUGCGAUAUGCCUCCGGGCUGAAUCUCUGGUGCUUACCGUCCACUGUCAUCGUUCACCGUACUUGGCAGCAUGAUCAGAGACUCCGAACAUGGACGCUCAUUUUGGCAAAGAAGUGUCCAAUACGGAACGUACGGUAUUCGGGCGCUGUAGCUCGCGACAACGCCAAUCUUACUGCGCUUGCUGAACACUGCCGUCGACUGCUGCACUUUGGCAGAGCACUUCGGAAAGCACGAACAGCCAUGUAAUUCACUGCAGUAUGGAUUCGGCCAACCUGGUGGGCAUGAUGGAUUUUCUGCCCGAAAACUCAGCAUCGUUUACCGUACUCAUCACGCACUAC